GCGCAUGCGCGCUGCUUUUGCACUUCCGGGUUUGUCUUUAAGUGAAAUGUAACAUUUCGCUUGUGAUGUGUCUAUGAAACUUGUCCGGGCAGCGAAUAAAAGGUGCUUAUCUAUGCUUAAAGACAAAAGACACGGUGGCUGUGAAUACUGUCAUGCUCGGUCAACGAGACUCUCGCUAGACUCGCUGUAAUGGCCUGAUGUUGCACAGUUGUGCCUUAUGACCGGACGGACUGACAGCAGCAUGACGCGCCUGAUGUUUCUAGCGGCCGCGGUGUUUCUCUUGUUCGCUCCUGCGAGCGCCUCUCAGGGGGACAAAGAGCCCGUCUACCGCGACUGCGUCAAACAAUGUGUCCGGACGAACUGCACAGGGGCCCGACUGCGGGGAUUCCAGUCCGCUCAACCUCCAUAUAUGGCACUCACAGGUUGGACGUGUCGUGAUGACUGCAGGUAUCAGUGCAUGUGGACCACCGUGGGUCUGUACCAGGCAGAGGGCUACAGUGUACCACAGUUUCACGGGAAGUGGCCAUUUGCUCGUUUCCUGUGUUUUGAGGAGCCUGCAUCUGCGCUGGCGUCUCUGCUCAACGGUCUGGCAUGUCUGCUGAUGCUGCUGAGAUACCGCAGCGCCGUCCCUCGACAAAGCCCCAUGUACCACACCAUCACCGCCUUCUCACUGGUUUCGCUGAAUGCAUGGUUCUGGUCUACAGUGUUCCACACGAGAGACACCUAUCUAACAGAGAAGAUGGACUACUUCUGUGCAUCAGCUGUCAUUCUCUACUCUAUCUACUUGUGCUGCGUCAGGACAUUGGGUUUGCGUAGGCCUGCAAUUUCCAGUAUGGUGGGAGUUCUGCUCAUUCUGGCCUUCACAUCUCAUGUUUCUUAUCUGACCUUCGUCAGUUUUGACUAUGGGUACAACAUGGCUGCCAAUGCCACCAUAGGCAUGAUAAACCUGUUGUGGUGGCUGUGCUGGUGUUGGCUGAACCGGAGGAUUUUGCCGUACUGGUGGAAGUGUGGUAUGGUGGUGCUCUUACUGCAUGGCCUUGCCCUGCUGGAGCUGCUGGAUUUCCCUCCACUCUUCUGGGUUCUAGACGCUCAUGCCGUCUGGCACCUCAGCACCGUACCCGUCCACUUCCUCUUCUACAGUUUUCUCAUAGAUGACAGCCUUCACCUCCUCAACACAGAGAAGCCUGGAGUGAAACUGGACUAGGAGGAAACAGUCUCAGAACCCCGACCCCUCCUCUGAUAUCCUUCCCAUCAGGGCAAGUGCCAGCCGGACUGAGCCAGGCCUCAACCGCAGUGGCUUCCGGCACGUGUCCUGGGGCUGAAGUUUUGAAUUCGAAUGUUUUCUUGUGUUUACACUUUCUUUUUACCAUACCUUUUUAUUUUUGCAUUCAACCAAAAGGGUUGUCGUUUGGUCAGGUUUUAAAGAUGUGCCACUGUACUGUAGUUGAAACCUGAAUUGAUGUUUGCAUUCACUGAGCUUUGCCUUCAAUUAAGAAAUGAAUUAGCCUUUCUACACCACUUUAUCAACACUCUUAAAAAGGUGCACCAUAAAUAUCUUCACACAAGUUGUUCAUAUCUCACAUUCAUAUCCGUCUACACUUGUGGCGCGUGAUUUAAUGACCCUGCAGUGAAUAUAUUUCAGAGAUAGGCAGAGGUAGACUGAGUUUUGCUUUUAAACAUCCGUUCACUGUAAGUGUGCUCAAGAUCAGUACUCAGGAGGGGUUAUGAGUGAGCAGUGUGCUCUGUUUCUGAGACGCGUGACGGUUACCUCACUAGGGUGCAAUACCAGGAGCUACCAGCAGAGAGUGCAGUGCUGAUUACUUUCCACACUGCGGGAAGUCACUGUUCUCUGGUUUCCCAGCAUAGACUUGUGAUGGAUUGGACAUUUGUACUUGUAGCAGUGCAUAUCAAGUUACCCAUUUUUUAUAUAUUUAUCAUUCACUUUAAUCACUGCGGAUUUAAAUGAAUAGUCUACGCCAACGUGAAAAUUCUGUUAAUGUUUAUUCAGGAUGAUUUUCAUUGGAACACAUAAGAAGUUUAGCAGAAUGGUUAUACAAUAAAAAUGAAUGGUGACCAGGGACUGUCAAGCUUCAAAAAUGACAAAAAGCACAAUUAAAAUGAUCAAAUAAAGUACGACUAUGAUGUUAGUAAGGGAUCAAAAUUUAUCUCGUUAUUUACUGAUAAUAUUCACUCACUGUAGUUCUUAAUGAUACUGAUGGUAUUAUGUUUUUCUGGUCACAGCAAAAGCAAAAAAAGCAGUGGAAACAUUCUGCUAAACGUCUCCUUUUGUGGUCCAUGGAGGAAAGUCUUGAGUAAAUGACAGAUUUGUCAUUUUUGGGUCAACUAUUCCUUUAAUCUCUUUAAGGAAAAUGCCUAAUAUCACCACCACAGAGCUACUUGUUGCCUGAAUAUAAAAGACUUACCUUAAGACAGGAAGAUUAAAAGAGUGGCAUGAUAUGAGAUAGCAAAGAAAUUACUUUUCCUUUGACAUA